UGUCCUUGUGCUGAGGAGUCCAAAGCUGGAUGCAGUACUCCAGGUGGGUUCUCAGCAGAGCAAAGGACCAGAAUCACCUCCCUCGACCCGCUGGCCAUGCUGCUUUUGAUGCAGCCCAGGGUGCAGUUGGCUUUCUGGGCUGCAAGCUAGCAUUGCUGGCUCAUGUUGAGUUUCUUGUCGACUAACACCCACAAGUCCUUUUCCUCAGGGAUCCUCUCAAUCCGUUCUCUGCCCAGCCUGUAUUUGUGCUUGGGAUUGCUGUGACCCGGGUGCAGGACCUUGCACUUGGCCUGGUUGCAAUUCUUGAGGUUUGCAUAGGCUCACCUCUCAAACCUGUCCAGGUCCCUCUGCAUGGCUUCCCACUACCAACCCUUGAGCAAUGCCAUUCAUCACUGGUUUCCACAUGGACAUUAAUUUGUUGACCACAGCCAUUUGAGUGCAGCCAUCCAGCCAGUUCCUUAUCCACCGAGUGGUCUGUCCAUCCAUCUAAUCUGUGUCUCUCCAAUUUAGGGACCAGAAUGUCAUGCAGGACAGCGUCAAAUGUUUUGCACAAGUCCAGGGAGAUGAAUGUGAGUUGCUCUCACCUGGUUACCCCAGUGCUGUAACCCCUCACAGAAGGUCACCAAGUUUGUCAGGCAUGACUUGUCCUUGGUGAAGCCCUGUUGGCUGUCUCCUUAUGUGCCUUAGCAGAGUUUCCAGGAGGAUCUGCUGUAUGAUCUUUGCCAAACACAGAGAUGAGACUGGCUGGUCUGUAGUUCUCUGGGUCUUCCUUUUAUCCUUUUUUGAAAAUGGGGGUUAUGUUUCCCCUUUUCCAGUCAGUGGGAUCUUUGUCAGACUGCCACGACUUUUUGAGUAUAAUGGAAAGUGGCGUAGCAACUUCAUCUGCCAGUUCCCUCAGGAACCAUGGAGGGAUUUCAUCAGAUCCUAUUUUCUUUAAAUGGAGAGCAUGGUGUUGAUUGAAACCACUUGGGGCUGGAGAUGAAGAUACGCCUCACUUGGGAAUGAAACAGUUAAUUAUCCAGUGACCCCAUUUUGUCCCUCUUUCUGAACCUUUGAAAUUAAUUCUCUAGGUGAAUUUUAGUUGACCUGAGAAAAUACUUGUGCAUACCUGAUCCUAGUGAUUCUGGCCAUAGUGUUGUAUUUAGAGAGCUUUAAAUGCAACACCCCUGCAGGAACACAGCACUUAAAAGUGGGUAAGUAUGAGCAAAGCAGAAUUGCUGUAAUUAUACCUUUAUUUUUUACUAGCUCUAAUUGGCUGACGGUCAAAUGACAAAGUUUGCUUAGCAGCCAGCUGUUUUUAUUACUUAGUGAUAGGGCUUUAAGAACCAUUGAACUUGAACUGAGCCUUAAAAAAGAGGUCUCAUCUUGCAAACCCUUUGGAAUUAUGUUAUAGCACUGAAGUGACUGUAUACUGUCACAGCUUUAAAAGCUGUGCCUCUAUGGGGGUGGGAAGCAAUUGGAGGAAUGAACCUGUGUUGCUGAAAGAUGGCAAAAAUCUGUGCAGCAUCAUCUGUUUUAUUGUUGUUUGUCCAGUGGAGACUCGGACUACUUGGUGGCCUUUAUUUUUUUUAGGCAGCAGGCAUUUAGUCUCACUUUUGAGAAUGAGGCAGAAGUAUAUUCUGAGUCUUUGAGGAUGUAAAUCCUAAUGUUCAAACUUCAUUUUUUCCCAAGGUACUACAACUGCUCUAAGCAGCACUUUUCUCCAGCUGGAGCACUCCUCUUACUCUUGAAGUAUUCUCAUUGGUUUUCUGCAACUCUGAAAGCAGAAAACGUGUUUGUUCUUGAACUGUUAACUUCUUAAAAUUGUGUAUCCUCAAAGACGAAAUCAAAUAUUGCUCAGACCUGUUGGCUGAAUUGCCAGUGCCCUCAUUUCCACAGUAAAUGGUCCACUAAUGAGGUGUAGAGAAAAGUUAGUUUUGAUUUCAAAGUUGGUAUUCUAAUACUGACCUCUAAUACAUGUUUAUAAAAUAUUUGCUGUCUCCAGGGCUUGGAUCUGCAACUGUGGGGACAAAUUCUCUUUUUAUGCCAAAUGUAUGAUAGAAAGUCCUGCCAGCGUGUAGAGAGUUGGCAAAAAUACUCUUGAUAUUUAAGCUUAUAUUGUAUUUCUGUAGAAAUGUAGUCACUGUAAUGAGAACUUACCACAGUCACACCCUCCCAGAUGUUUGCUCAGCUUUUGUGGGAAAACUUACUCACUUAAAGAGAUGCUGUGAAAAGUGAUCUAUGAAAUAGAUGUGAUACAUAUUCAGAUCUUUUUUCUUGCAGUAUCCCAUUUGUUAUGAGAAAACUAUGUAUAAAAAACCCACAACCCCAACAUACCCCUGUUUUUAUUUGAAUCGAAGCAAGUAGAUCUAUAGAAACCUAUGUAUGAAAAACUUUUGACACCAUCAGCAGAGUUCUAAGUCCCAAACAUCCGCUCUUCAGGUGUUUGCAGCUUGCAUACAGAAGGUUGCACUAAGGAGUUGACUUCCUCUCUAUUUAGUUUGCUGUGAGCACAGAGGGGUGUCUCUUACCGUACAUGGCAAAUCACAUGGAUCAGAGGCUGUUUGAAUCUUGAAGUUGGUGGAACACGAAGUUCAGUAAUGGUAGGCUCCAUAUGUUACAUGUCACAUGAUCCCAUGACACAUGCAUAUGUAUAUAUAUAUAUGAGAUGCCUGGUGACUUUGCUCAGACUGCGCUGAACUUCCCUCUUCAGAAGCACCCAUCCUUUCGGAGAAGUUUCCUGCCACGAUGAUGACUGGGGGCUUAUCUGACACUAAGCCUGCUACUCCCGAAAUCCAGGAUAUUGCUAACAAGGUGAAGCCACAAUUUGAAAGCAAGGAAAACAGAACAUAUGGAAUCUUCAAAGCCAUAAAGUACAGGAGUCAGGUGGUUGCUGGGGUAAACUACUUUAUAAAGGUCCAAGUUUCUGACACCAACUAUGUCCACUUACGGGUGUUUGAGGCCCUUCCUGUUGAAAACCAAGGUCUCAAACUUGAAAGCUUUCAGACUGGCAAAACCAGAGAUGAUCCCAUUGAAUACUUCUGAGAGACGAUGAGGAACGGCACCUCGCUUCUGCAAGUCACAAGUGGAUUCUGCCCGUGUCAGAAAAAAUGCAUGACAAUAAAAUAAGUUUGGAAAG